AUGAAGCGACGAAGUAGUCUGCGAUGUUGUGUGACGCUGACGUUUGUAUGCGUUGUAUGUCUGAGUCUGGUACAGAUUUAUAACUGGGUCACGUUUAGUUCUGUACAUGACGGCCACCUGUCAGGUAAAAACCAUUUAGUAGCAAACAGAUAUCAGAGUUACAGGAAAACGAAUUUGACACAAUCAAGUGCCUUUAUCGAAAAAAAGGACAAAGAUGGUUACUUGGAAUAUGUUAUUAAAGAUAACAGCAACCCUUUCUUGCGGGAUCACUACGACAUAAAAAAACUGCACAACCUUGGAGUGAUCCGAACACCAGAAGACCAACAUUUGAGAGAUGAUGGUCACAGGCAGCAUGCAUUCAACUUAUUGAUAAGUGAUAGACUUGGAUUUCACCGUGCCAUUCCUGACAGUAGGAAUGAAAGGUGUGCUAAUGAGACGUAUUCAUCUGACUUACCUGAGGCCUCUGUCGUCAUUUGUUACUUCAAUGAGGCUUGGUCGACCUUACUUCGGACGGUGGUCAGUGUCCUUGACAGAUCACCUCCCCACUACAUCAAGGAAAUCAUUAUUGUUGAUGACUCAAGUGAAAUGGCUCAGUGGCGAGAACCUGUCCAAACCUAUGUAGAACAGAACCUACCCAAAGUGAAAUAUGUCAAGACUCCAGAAAGGGCUGGACUUAUUAGGGCACGCAUGUUUGGAGCAAGACAGGCUUCAGGAAAGGUGUUGAUAUUCCUGGACAGUCAUUGUGAAGUAAAUGUGAAUUGGUUAGAACCUUUGUUGUCAAGGAUCAAGUCCAGCCAAUCUAACGUUGUGGUUCCAGUAAUGGACAUUAUCAAUCCAGAUACAUUCGAGUAUGUCUCGUCCCCACUGGUCAAGGGAGGUUUCAACUGGGGACUACAUUACCGCUGGGAUCAGCUUACAGACAGACUCAAACAAGAAAAAAACUACCUGUCAAAACCGGUUGAGACUCCGACUAUGGCUGGUGGUCUGUUUGCUAUAGAUAGACAGUACUUCAAUGACAUGGGUCAGUAUGAUGCUGGUAUGGAUGUUUGGGGAGCAGAAAAUCUAGAAAUAUCAUUCAGGAUCUGGCAGUGUGGAGGCAGACUAGAAAUAGUACCUUGUUCUAGAGUUGGUCAUAUCUUCCGUAAACGCCGUCCCUAUGGAUCACCCCAAGGCCAAGAUACAACUUUGAAGAAUUCCCUACGUCUGGCACACGUGUGGAUGGAUGAAUAUAAGGAGCACUUCUUCAAGCUGUACCCAGCUGCCAGGAACAUGCCGUAUGGUGAUAUAUCUGACAGAGUGGCUCUUCGAAAACAGCUAGGGUGUAAAUCAUUUAAAUGGUACCUGGAUAACAUUUAUCCUGAACAGGUUUUGCCGACAGCAGAGAAAGAUGCCCCUGUCUCCCUGGGGAAAUUCAAACGUCGUGAGAAGACAGCAUCUACUCUACGGGGUCAGCUUUAUCAUCUCCACUCAGGCAUGUGUGUCCAAUCAGAGUCAAAUGUGUUCACAAAGAAAGCCAUGCUUGUACUGGCACCCUGUCAAGACUCAGGAAAAGGGUACAAAUACCAGACCUGGUAUAAAACACAAGAAGAUGAAAUACUGUUGAGCGAUAUAUUGUGCCUUGAUGUACAAAAUGCCCUUCAAGGUCUGUCAUUUGCCAGGCUAAUGAAGUGUCACGGUAAUGGAGGAUCUCAAUCUUGGACAAUCAAAAAGCAUGGUUCUGUGAUGCUGCUAUUUAAUCCUGCCUCUGGGAAAUGUCUGAGAGCUUCACCAGACCAGGAAGGUUCACCUCUCGACCUAGGCAUUUGUGAUGAUACGCCAAAUCUCAGCUUCCAGUUCAGGAAACCAGUGUCAAAAUCAAAACAAUAA